UAUCCCUGCAGAAUGGGGCGGGGUUCGCUCAAGUCCUGCACCCAGCCCAGCGCGCUCAGCUACUCUGCGGAAAAAUACAUGGACACCCCGGUCACGUCUGAAGAAUACCCGAGCCGGGCUAAAGAAUUCGCGUUUUACCACGGGUACCCAAGCCCCUACCAGUCCAUGGCGAGCUACCUGGACGUGUCGGUGGUGCAGACUCUCGGGGCAGGAGAGCCCCGUCACGAAACGCUGCUUCCAAUGGACAGCUAUCAGCCGUGGGCACUGACGAAUGGCUGGGGCGGUCAGAUGUACUGCUCAAAGGACCAGAGUCAAGCCGGACACCUUUGGAAAUCUGCGUUGGCAGAUGUAGUGGCCCACCAACACGAUGGCAACUCCUUUCGUCGCGGUAGAAAGAAAAGAAUACCGUACACCAAGAUGCAGCUAAAGGAACUGGAAAAAGAGUAUGCCGCCAACAAAUUCAUCACGAAAGAUAAGAGGAGAAAGAUUUCAACAGGAACCAACUUGUCAGAAAGGCAGAUUACGAUCUGGUUUCAAAACAGGAGAGUUAAAGAGAAGAAGUUCGUGGCCAAAGUCAAGACCAGUGCGCCGUAGCCAGCCAGGCUUGAGCUAGACGAUUUGGACGAGGGACAUUGUUUUUGGUGUAUGAACAAAGAAAUGAAGGAAAGAAAACGUCGACGUGGUGCUUUUUUUGGAUUGGGAUUUGGUUUGCUAUUUUGCCUGCGCAAUUGCAUCUCCAAUUCGUCUUUUGAAAAGAAUAAAUAAAACAAGAACCAAGCCCUCUAAAGACAAUGUUUUAGAGGCCUGUAAAUACAGCACUUGCCUGCUUUAAUGUAACACUUAAAUCUGCUUAACUGUUUAACUCGUGCUAUACAUGCAGGUAUAUAUAGGCUAUAUGUCAAUGUUGUUACUGCAGUAGACUAGGAAACGUAUUAUGCAAUCAUAUUCCCAAUAUAUACUGUUUAUAACGCUUGUAAAACAGUACUUAUAAAAAAUAUAGCGUAAUGCUUAAUAAAUUGUUUUAAUCCCAGUAUGUUGUAUAAAUUAAAUGUUACUUCGUGGAAUA